AUGUCGUCAGAGAGCAAACAACGUAUGAUUGUGGUGGCUGUCGUGUCCGCAGUGGCAGUAACCGCCUCCAUUUUCUACCUUUCAAGCAAGAGGGGCUACACAACUAAGCUAGGCAUGCUCGGCCACCAGAUCGGCGUCGCGUUGCAGAAGCACAAGUUGUCCUCCACCGGCGAGGCGCCUGGCAGCGGCAUCCGUCCUGUCUCGAGCAUUGUGAAGAAGGGCUACACACGCGAACAGCUUUCCCAGUACGACGGUGUCAAGAAUGAGCGCAUCUUCAUGAGCGUCAAGAUGAAGGUAUACGAGGUGGCUCCGCAUUUUUAUGGACCCGGGCAGCACUAUCACGUGUUUGCUGGCACGGAGGCCUCCCGUGCUUUGGCCAAGGCGGACCUCACAGGGAAGUACUUGAACCAGUAUUGGGUAAACUGCUCCGAGGAAGAGCUGGAGGUGCUGGAGGAGUACGUCGAGAAGUUUAACUCCAAGUACCCGAUCGUUGGCUGGUACGUCCCGGAUGAUCAAUUCUACAAGGUGACGGACUGA